AUGGCGUCUACUGAUCUAAGAGCUGAGCUGGAAUGUUCCGUCUGUCUGAACAUUUAUACAGAUCCUGUAAACCUGAAAUGCGGACACAACUUCUGCUGGGUCUGUAUUAAUCGAGUGCUGGAUACACAAGAGGGGUCUGGAGAUUACUUCUGUCCUUUAUGCAGAAAAAGGUUCAGGAGCCGUCCUGUACUGCACAGGAAUGUAACACUGCGUAACAUAGUGGAGAAUUGCCUGUCUGUUCCGACAGAUGAGGAGGAGUCCGGGGUCGUCUGUACUUACUGUGUGGACUAUCCUGUACCUGCUGUUAGAUCAUGUCUACACUGUGAGGUUUCUUUGUGUGAUAAACACUUGAGAGUCCACAAAAAGUCCCCAGAACACAUCUUAUGUGACCCCACCUUGUCCAUGGAGAGCAGGAAAUGCUCCGUCCACAACAAGAUCCUGGAGUAUUACUGCACUGAGGAUGGUACCUGUAUUUGUGUGACCUGCCGAUUGGAUGGAGAACAUCGAGGACAUCAGGUGGAAAUGUUGGAUGAGGCUUCUGAGAAGAAGAAGGAGACACUGAGGUAUGUUCUGUCAUAUCUUCUGACAAAGAGAGAGGAGACGGAGAAAAGGGUCCAGAGUCUGCAGGAACACAGGAGGAAAGUAGAAGAAGAAGCAGCUGGUGACACCGAGAGAGUCACUGUCCUGUUUAGAGAUCUCAGGAGACGUCUGGAAGAUCUGGAGAAGAGAGUCCUGAGGGAAAUCUCCGGGAGGGGAGCUGCAGACAUAUUACUGGAUGUAAACACAGCUGGUAAUAAGCUUCAUAUAUCAGAUGACAGGAAAAUGUUAUCCUGGUCAGAUAGGAACCAGAAGCGCCCAGAAACACCAGAGAGAUUUACAGAUUAUCCUCAGGUGUUGAGCAGUCAGAGUUUCUCCUCAGGGAGACAUUACUGGGAUGUGGAUGUCGGGGGAUCGCUAUUCUGGAGGGUCGGGAUGUGUUACCCCAGUAUGGACAGGAACAUUUUGCAGGCAGGAAUAGGAAAGAAUAACAAGUCCUGGGGUUUUCUCAGAUCUGGUAGUCGGCAUUUUGUGAGACAUGACAGCAAAGAGACCCCCUUACCUGCCAAUGUCUCCAGUAAGAGAGUCAGGAUAGAUCUGGAUUAUGAGGCUGGGCGAAUCUCCUUUUAUGAUCUGUGUGAUCCAAUCCGACACCUCCACACCUUCACCACCACCUUCACUGAGCCCCUUCAUGCUGGGUUAUGUUUAUGUAAAGGUUGUAUAAAGAUAUGUGGAGGGAAUUAG